AUGUCAACACCUACGCAAGGCCAGGCCUAUGGCAACAAUGCAUACCCAACCCCAGCAUCACAAAGGUCGUCUCAAUCCAACUCCGUGACUCCGUACCAACAGCAGCAGCACCAAUCCCAACAGCAGCAACCUACCAGCAACCCACCAUUCGAGAGGUACUGUGUCAUUCACAUUGCCACCACCUGUGAUGAGCAUGGAGUCUACGUGACAAAGGACAGUGCAGAGGUCAUUGAGAUUGGAUGGGUCGUCAUAGACGCAAAGAACCCUGAGCGAGAGCUCCACCGUCAAUCCGUGCUGGUCCGACCCGUGAACACGCCCAUCACGCCGCUGUGCACUUCAUUGACCACGCUCACUUGGGAACAUGUAAAGAACGCAGGCACCUUCCGCGAUGCCAUCAAUGCGUUCGAUGUCUAUGCCAGCGAGCAUCUCGUUCCCAAGGAUGCCGGUCCCGGCGCGCACCCUUCGUUUGCUUUCGUGACCCUGACGCCCUGGGAUCUCCGGGUGCAGCUGCCUCGUGAGGCGCGUGACAAGAACGUCGUCCUCCCACCUUACCUGCAGCACCCGAUCCUCUUUGGACUUCGUUCGGAAUACCAGAUGUUCCAGUCUCAGCACCCCGAAACUUUGGCCUUUAGCUCGUCCAGCCUUUCGUCCAUCUGCGCUGGUCUGGAGGUCGAGGAAGUGCGUUCAUCUGGAAAGGUCACUGGCGGACUGCCAUUUCACCUACAAGCUCUGGCUCCUACCUCGCCCCGACGCGCUUUGGAGGAAGCCUUGACGCUGUCCCGUUGCUUAAACUCCUUACUAGUCAAGUCUCGACCUUCACCAAGCAACCCCCAAGGUACUGAGGGCAUCCUCUCCCGCCCUCUCGAUGCCCGGAGUGACGUCCGAGCUUUCCUCGGAGAGCGCAGCAAAGUGCUCCACUUGAGCGGUCUCCCUCACGAUACCACUCAGUCGGAACUCGAGAGCUGGUUUACACAAUACGGCGGUCGUCCUAUCGCAUUCUGGACGCUGCGAACUCCCGAAGGCGGCAAACCCAGCGGUAGCGGUUUUGUUGUCUUUGGUAGUCACGAAGAGGCCGCUGAGUCGCUUAGCAUGAACGGACGAGCGUUGAAUGACCGCGCUAUUGAGGUCUCACCUUCGUCGAGCCGAGUUUUAGACCGUGCUGCUCAAUCGCAGCCUCCGGGCGGCCCACCACUUCUCACUCCAUUCCCGCCGUCAAAGAACCGACCGCGUCCGGGAGAUUGGAGCUGCCCAAGCUGUGGCUUUUCCAACUUCCAACGCCGCACAGCAUGCUUCCGCUGCUCAUUCCCCGCCAUGGGUGCUCAGCCAGACCCGUACGGCCAGCAGCCAUACGGAAUGCAGCCUGGACCUUACGGUGGCCCUAACUAUGGUGGACCCUCCGGCAUGAUGGGCGGACAUGGACACGGACCCGGAUACGGCGGCAUGGGCGGCGGUAAUAUGAGCGGCUCUGGUGGACGCGGAGGAGUUGUUCCCUUCCGUGCUGGUGACUGGAAAUGUGGCAAUGAAACCUGCGCCUACCACAACUUCGCCAAGAACAUCAACUGCUUGCGAUGUGGUUCCUCACGCAGCAACGCCGCCGUCAUCGCCGACAAUGGUGCUCCAAGCUUCCCAAACCAUUCCUACGGCGGCCCUCCCAACAUGCCUCCUAUGCAGUCGAUGGACCCGAGCUCGUACAACUCCAUGCCCCAGCCUCCUGGCAAUUACGGCGGUAACGGCAUGCCUGGCCCACCGGGCAACUUUGGUGCUCAGUCCUUCGGCCCACCAUCGACAUACGCUUUGCCAUCCGGCGGCUUUGAUAGCCGAGCCGAACAAGCUUUCAACCAAGGCAACUCCAGCGGACCACCGCAGGGCGGACAGCAAUACGCCAAUGGUCACUACAACGGCGGCGGUAACAACAACAACAAUAACAAUCACAACAGUGCCAACCACAAUGGCUACGCAGGCGCCGAGAAUGGUUCCGAUCCUUUCUCGUUCCUCUCCUCGGGCAUGAACAACCUCGGCAUCAACGAGAACGACAACCGUCGCGGAAACCAGAACAACGCCAAGUCCCCACAAUAG